AUGCCAGUGGAAGGACACACGGAAAGCGGCAGCAAAUGGCAGACGCGGCUCCUUCGAUGGACUGUUCUGGGCAUCGGCUGGACCCUGUACCUGUUCUGUCGUGGCUGUGUGAUUGGCCAGAUGAAAUACGAUCCUCUGCAGGGUCAGAUGAUCGUUCGGGCGCGUAGACUGCUAACCAAACGCAUUGCAUUGAUCCUCAAGCUCGCUUUACUCAUUUCAGACUACUUUGGCGCCAUAUAUAUUUGCAUGGCUAUUGUACCACUUCUGCCGGACAUCGAUAAUCACAGACGGAAUGCCAGGCGCAUGCUCGAGAGUCUCGUGACUUUAAUUAUAAUGGUGCUGGGCUACUGGAACGUAGGGCGUCUGCUGUAUUGGUUGAGCAGCCUCGGCUACAAUCGAUCCAUUGUCCGGGUGGUCAAUGAGGUCAUCCGAUUGCACUCCCUGAUCGAUCGCUGCUUCGGGCCGCUCUGCUUGACGGAGCUGCACCUUCUGUUCGUGCUCUUGGCCGAGCUGCACAUGACUGUCCUGCACUUCUUCAACUGCCUUCGCAUUCAGUUGUCUCUAUUCCUGUACAAUAUCGUGCUCUUGGAGAUCUUCUUCAGUGCCUACAUAGCCUACCAGUUGCUCCUGCUCUCCUGGCUCUCCAGCUUCAGUCUCUUUCUGCAUCGCUAUCGUACAUCCACCCGCGGGCAGCGCUCCAAACUCCUGCGGCUGUUCCGGCUCUACGCGCGGGUCAGCAAUGGACAUCAGGCGAUUAUGGAGCUGUGGCUACCCGUGGCCAGUAUGCUCUUCUCCAGCAUCCUUGUCAUGGUCGUCGAUUGUUCCGUUAUCGUCAACUGCAUUCUAUUCAAUCACAGCCUGGACAUGGGGCAGAAAUGGGAAUUGAUCUUCAGACAUUUGGGCGGCUGUCUGGCUCCACUGCUGCGGAUGCUUCUCAUAGGCCUGUGCAACGACUGUCUGGCUCGGCUGGAGCAUCUUCUGAGUCUCCAGCUGCUGGGCAUUGAUCUAGGGAACCAACUGGAAGACGACUACCAGAUGGACCCUAGGCAGGAGAGCUUUGCCAGGCAGUUGAGAAAUCUGCAAAUCUGUUUCGAUCUGCAGACGCGUGCCCAACCGAUUAGAAACCACGUCAUGAGCGUGCAUCAAAUAUGCGGUGGGCCCUUCUUUCUGGAGUUCUUGUUCUGCACUUUAAUCAACUCCUUCAGCUGUGUUCAGUAUGUUUUGAGCUUGGGCAAGCAGUCGGAGAACUUUCAGGGUUUCUUUUAUGAAUAA